UGUCCAUAGUAAAAUAAAUAAUCAUGAAAACAAGAUGUGCAGUGAUAUAGGUAUAUCUUGGAUAUAGUGAAUUAAAAAAAACUGCACGAUCAGUUCGAAACAUUACAUGCUACUAAGUGAGCACAUAUUAACCAAACCGAACCUAGAUGACAUAGAAAUGCACUAUGCUUAUCCGCGUCGUUGAUGUUUUGUUUUUGUUUUUAACAAUUUUAGGAUGUAACUCAUAGUAAAAAAAAAAAAAAAAAAAACUUUCACACAACGUGCUAUUUCACGAGAGAAACACAUAAGAAAGGAAAGAUUGCUCAACAUGAAAAUCAGCUCGACGAUGAGAACUUGACGCCUUUGCCACCAAAACCUAUUAAGUGUUGUAAAAUGCGAAUACCGAAGAAGAUAUAAGCACUCAAAUUAAGUCGUCUGUGGUGCAUAACACGCUUUUGAACAACAUCAUGACUUUACCUCCUUUGGAUUAUUCCUUUCGAUUCCUGACUUCUAUUCUAGAAGCACAAAGUGAAGUGCCACAAGGAGGCCUACGCAAGCUUAAAUAUGUUAAAGAAAAAGGGAAAAUUGAUACAAAGGCUAUACGUUUUAAUAAUAAUAAUCUUGUCACAUCCAGUGGUUUAAAAAGCUUUGUCGAUAGCCUGUUAUAUGAUCCUGAAAGGCUGUCUUGGCUGGAUCUCAGCUUUAACAUGUUAAAUGCUGUUGAAGAGGACAUUACUCACUUCAAGAAUCUAAUAAUCCUUUACCUACAUGGGAACAACAUAAAAUCGUUUUCAGAAGUUGGAAAACUAUCUGUUCUCCUUAAGUUAUCCACUCUCACUCUUCAUGGAAAUCCUUUAGAACUAGAAAAUGGUUACAGGCACAGAGUUUUGGGACAUCUUCCACAGAUUCGUAGUUUAGAUUUCAGUGGUGUUACUAAAAUUGAUAAGGAAAUUGUAAAACAAUGGAAAACAAAAAGUACUAAAAUGUAUAAAGAUAGUUUUCUUAAUACUUAAAAUGAAUAUAAAUAUGUGUUGUCGUUAUAUAUAAAACAAAAAUUUCUGUUUAAAAUCAGGUUAAGAGCCACUGUUAUGGAACAUAAAUUUUGACACUUCUACAUCCAACAUAAUGCUCGUAAGGGAAUUUUUCACAAAACUUAUAGCUGAAAUUCCAUGUUGUUUCAGAGUACAAGAUGUCGGAACAAGUCUGUAUCUGAAGGUAGAGUACCGUGUCAAUCUUGUAAAAAAGUUUCUGUUAACAAAAUUGGAAGAACUUUAGAUACAUGAAUUGUAGAACAUAAGAAGUACGUUAGAGAUUAUCAAACAAUUGAUGCUAUUUUUCUAUAAAUGAAAAAGUAUAUUAUCAAAAUAACAGAAAAUCAGCCGGAUUAAUACAUGAAACUAGAAAUUACAUCAAAAGAGGAAUUGUGGAAAACUCUCUAAUCCAAAUUUAACACCCCCCCAAAUGUAAUUUUAAGCUGAACCCCUUUCUGACAUCUUGUGCCUUGAAAUAAAAUAAGCUCUCUAUAUGUGUGUGUAAUUUUUUCACAAGAAAAUGUUGGAUUGAAGAAGGUCAUUUGUAUAGUGUGUGAAUUCUAAAGAAAAUUAUCGUAUUAAGAAUUAUGUAUUCACAAACUGCAUAUCGUAUGAUAUACAUUCUACCUUAUUGUUAAAUGGAGAAAAAUUUUAUGGCAGUUAAGGCUAUAAAAUUUGCUUUUGAAAUAAAAGUAUUGGAAGUACUUCUA